AUGUUAACAGCAAAUUCCAGCUACAAGAAGAAAAAGCAAAAGAAGAAGCAUAAAAGGAACAAGAAAGAAAAAACUUUUUCAACAAGAGUGAAGAUGGGUUCUCAUCUCUCAAAACAAGUAGCAAAAAGAAAAACAAUCCACACCGAAAAGAAAACUCUAACCGAUCUAAAAUCCUCCGGAGAACAAUAUCCCGGUUCUGAAUAUCACCCUUCCGAUAGAAAAAACUGGAUGAAAGAUCUCAAUCCAGAGAAACUCCACAUCAACCAAAUCGUUUGGCCAGGAACACAUGAUUCUGCAACGAACAAAAUCGGUUUCCCACUCGUCACUCGUCCUUUUGCUCAAUGUCAAUCUUUAUCAAUCUAUCACCAGCUUGUAAGAGGAGCAAGAGUAUUAGAUAUUCGUGUUCAACAAGAUCGUCGCGUGUGUCAUGGAAUUCUCGUUACUUAUAACGUCGAUGUUGUUGUGAAAGAUGUUAAAAGAUUUCUCUCGGAAACUGAUUCCGAGAUUAUAAUUCUCGAAAUCAGAACUGAGUUUGGUCACGAAGAUCCGCCUGAGUUUGAUAAGUAUCUUGAAGAGAAUUUAGGCGAGGUUCUCAUUCAUCAGGAUGAUAAUGUUUUUGGAAAAACUGUUUCGGAGUUGUUGCCGAGGAGAGUUAUAUGUGUAUGGAAGCCGCGGAAAUCGGCGCAACCGAAAGCUGGGAGUAGUUUAUGGAGUGCGGGGUUUCUGAAGGAUAACUGGAUUAAUACAGAUCUUCCUUCAACGAAAUUUGACGGGAAUUUGAAGAAUUUGAGUGAGCAACAACCGGUUACGGCGAGGAAAUAUUUUUACAGGGUGGAGAAUACGGUGACUCCGGUGGCGGAUAAUCCGGUAUUGUGCGUGAAACCUGUUACGAGAAGGAUUCAUGGAUAUGCUAGAUUGUUUAUUGCUCAGUGUUUUGAGAAAGGUUAUGCAGAUAGGAUUCAGGUUUUUUCUACUGAUUUUAUUGAUGAGGAUUUUGUUGAUGCUUGUGCUGGUUUGACUUAUGCUAGGGUUGAAGGAAAAACUUGA